AUCGUUGUCAUCGUCGAUUUCCGUCGCCACACUUUAAUCGGAACCGGAUUGCAGAGCGCGGAAAGCUGAGACUAAGACUUCUACUAUCAGCAACGCGAUGGCGUCGUCAUUCGCUAAUUGCUCCUACGCACCCGAUCCGACGGCCGGCGGCGACACGAGUCCAUUCAACUACGGCGAACGCAGCCUGCUGGACGACCGGGACAAGCGAGGAAUUACCAGAGCGUCCAGUCUAGCCCUACCGAACCACUCGCUGCUCGAUCUGCUCGAGCACAAGCAGAAGCUGUACGACACCAUCCACCUAACGCCACCUCCGAAAGGCAAUGGCACCCGGCGGCAUUCGUCCGACUCGUUCCCGAUGAUCGAGAAUGACGACUUCCAGCUGCCGCAGCGCCAGAGUAAAAAGUCCGUACAAGGUCUCCCGGGCCCGCUUGUGCCACCGCCGGUUCCGAAGCGUACAUUUCAGGGAAAUUUCCCGCGCAAACCACCAGAUUCGUUCGAGGUGCAGAAGCGAACAUCUUUGCUAGCGCUUGACAGUUAUCAGCAGCAGCAUCAGCAGCAGCAGCAGGUCCAGCAGCUUCAGGCCCAGCAACAGCAGGUUCAACAGCUUCAGCAGCAACUACAGCAGCAUUUAGCCCAACAGCAGCAGCAGCAGCAACAGCAGCAAGCGCAACAGCAGCAGCAGCACUCUUACGCGCAAUUCGUUCGCUCGGAGCGUAUCUGCAAGUCGGCAUUCGAGGAUCAAUCGUUCAGCUACUACCCCACGCCACCGAAGAGUGCCAAGAGCUCGGGCAGUGGAGGAGUAGGCGGUACCACCUGCCACAGUGUCAGUGCGACCAGCUUCGACGAUCUCGGCGAGCCGGAUGAUUUCGUGCUGUUCAGCAAGAAGAUGGCCUCGAUCGAAUCGAACCGCUCGUCGAGCGACUCGAACAAGUCGCAGACAACCAUCGACACCGGGUACGUUUCGGCGAACGAAACGGAUCGUUCCAUCCUGACCGGUGGUAGCUGCUCGUCGGCGAAGGCAAGCGGUGCAUCGGGUUCGUCCUUCCGCAGCCGGUUCUCCUCCGAGGACACUCAGUCCUCGCUCGACAGCUUCCUCUCGUCGGAGCUGCACCGCACGGACACGAUCGAGUCGCUCCCGCUCAACGAUUCACCCUUCAGUCUGAAGAAGAACGUGUUCAACUUCGACCUGAAAACAUCGCCCCUGAUCCGUGGCAGCAGUACCGUGUCACCGAACUCGCUCGACGAGAAGCUGGACAACUGCUCACCGCGCAGCAUCGAGAGCAAGGGUUCUCGCAAGCUACCCACCGUUCCGACGCGGAAGCCAUCCGGCAGUGGUGCGAAGCUACCACCACCGGGGAGUUCCGGUAGCCGCAUGACACCACCGCUGCCACCGUCCCGCUCGCAGCAGGCGUUCGAGACGCGGAAGCUCCAAAAGCUCCAACAGCAGACGCAGCUCAACAACGUGGUGUCAGUGCACAAGACAGCCCUCGAGAGCCUGCAGGAACUGUACAGUCGACCGCUCGGCAUACGGCGGAACAUUCACCGACCGCCACCGCUGAGCCAGCAGCAGAUGUUGGCCACUUCGAGCAAGGGAUCUUCGAUGCUCCACCUGCAGCGACAGGAUUCGGGCGACAACUUCUCAACCAUUACCUCUGGUGUGGCCAACUACCAGGGCAAACCGAUGGAGAGUUCUCUGCACGGUCCCACCGCCAAGGUUAACCGUUCGUUGAUCCGCGGGAAGGUGCCCAUCGAAACAUCUACCAGCGCCAGCCUUUCAGGUGGAGGCUCUUCGUCUCCCAGCAACAACAUUUCCACCCUUCUGACCGGGGCCUCCAGUGGGGGAACUCCGGCACCCUGCACCUCUCUGAUGAGCAACACCACCGGAAACUCGACGUCGGCCAGUGAAGGCAUUGGCUCCAUGGGAGUCAGUACUCCCGGCACGAUUCGAUCGGUACCGCCGCGAGUCAGCAUGCGUCAGGAUUCGAGCAUCUCGAGCGACAGCUUCAGUCAAACGUCCAGCCCCAGCUACAACUCCAAGAUCAUGGAAGCCCCACUCCUCUCGCACGCCGCCAAGAUGCCCAAGGUGUCCAAGCCGAUCGCGAAAAACAUCGACGAGAUCACCAAAGAGUCGCCGACGGACGUGAACGGGACGGCCGCCAUCAUCAAGAGCGCCUCAACUCCGGCCAGUCUGCAGACGAUCGUGCGCCUUUCCAACGGCUCCAACGUUAGUCUUCAGCACAAGAAAUUUCAAAUUUUAAAAGCACGCAAAAAUUCCAACCCUUACGUCACGAGCGGUCGGCUAAAGUUCCGCCUGUGCCAGAUCCUGCUGAACGCGGUCGGCCUGCUUGCCAUCGCCGGUGGUCUGGCGGCCUACUUCAACGCCUACCCGACGAUCAAGUUCGUCAACCAAACCAUCACCCGCACGUCCGUGCCAGCUGGCGGUGGAACGACGUCGGGCGGAACCGGCUCAUCUGCAGGCUCCGGUGCCAGCUCAUCCGUCACGUCCACCGGGGGCUCCUCGUACGGGGCAUCCGGGCGACCAUCGCUAGAUCUUGCCCCGGGAGGUUACCGUGGCGAUCGCAAUCCGGCACCCGGCGUCUGCCUGCCGGUGAUCGUGAAGUUCUGCCAGCAACAUCGGGUCCCGUACAACUAUACCGUCUAUCCGAACUACAUUGGACACUUUGGCCAGCCCGAAGCGCAAGGUGAAAUUGAUCUCUUCGAGGCCCUGGUCGACGUGCAGUGCUACGAGCUUGUUCCACUGUUCUUAUGCUCUCUGUUUGUGCCUAAAUGCGGUAAUUUCGGAACAUCCAUACCGCCGUGUAAAAGUUUGUGUAUCGAAACGAUGCGACGCUGUAGUUUCUUUUUCGACGUCUUUGGCCUGGAGCUGCCGGAGUACUUGCGCUGCUCGAUCUUCAACGACGCGGUGUCGGACCAGGAGGAGUGCGUCGGGAUGGCCGAGUACAAGGCAUCGAUCAUACGAUCGCGGCGUCCCAUCACCUGCUCCGGGUUCCUGUGUGACAACAAUAAGCGCUGCAUACCGGACGAGUGGAAGUGCGACGGCCAUGUGGACUGCCACGACCAGACGGACGAGGCGCACUGCGAUUCUUGCGGUGACGAUGCCAUCCACUGCGGGCAGGGAAAGUGCAUGAGCCAGAAGCAGGUUUGCGAUGGUCACAAGGAUUGCCCGUACGGGCAGGAUGAACGGAAUUGCAUUCGACUUAGCGAAAGAAAUGGGGAUCUCGGACGUGGGACGCUGGAGGUGUACAAGGCGGAUCUCAAGCAGUGGGCCCCGGCUUGCGUGAGGAACUGGGAUCCAGCUACCUCGCCAACAAUGAUCUGCUCGCUGCUUGGCUACAGCUCGGUUAACUCCAGCCGGACCACGAUGCGUGGCUCCAACCGGACGCUGGUGAGCACCAAGGAUGCCUCAGCCAUGUGGCGCAUGAACCAGAAGCAGAACGUCAACCUGAUCAAGGAGUUUAACAGCUGCGACAUCAACUCGCGCUAUCCGGUGGCGGAACUAACGUGCUCCAACUACGAGUGUGGUAAGGUACCGAACAAAAAGAACCUAAAGGCAACGAAACGGAUCGUCGGUGGCUCGACCUCGAGCCCGGGAGAUUGGCCUUUCAUCGCGGCCAUCCUGGGCGGCCCGGAGGAGGUGUUCUACUGUGCUGGCGUUCUGAUCGCCGAUCAGUGGGUCCUGACGGCGUCACACUGCAUUGGCAAUCACACGAUGCGCAACGUCAACGACUGGACGAUCCAGCUCGGGGUCACCCGGCGCCACGCGCACACCUACUACGGCCAGAAGGUGAAGGUGAAAACGGUCAUCCCGCACCCGCUGUACAACCUGCACACGGCGCACGAUAACGACAUCGCACUGUUCCAGCUGGCCACCAGGGUUGCGUUCCACGAGCAUCUGCUUCCGGUGUGCCUUCCACCGCCACACAUCCGUGAGCUUCCCACCGGCAUCAACUGUACCGUCGUUGGCUGGGGCAAGAGGGAGGAACGGAACUCAACACCGAACGGUGCGUCCUACGAGCCGACCCUUAACGAGGUGAACGUGCCGAUCGUGAACCGCGAUUUGUGCAUCGAUUGGCUGGAAACGUUCAACGUCACCGAGGGCAUGAUCUGUGCCGGCUAUCAGGAGGGUGGCCGCGAUGCGUGCCAGGGUGAUUCCGGCGGUCCACUGCUGUGUCCGUAUCCGAACGAGAAGGAUCGCUGGUACGUGGGUGGAAUCGUGUCGUGGGGGGUGCGCUGUGCGCAUCCCAAGCUGCCCGGCGUCUACGCCAACGUGCCCAAGUUCAUCCCGUGGAUUCUGUCGCAGAUCAACAAUCACUCCGUGCUACAGACGGACACGGUCGGUCGAUAGAUCACGAUCCAUUUUUGAGGAGAAUUUAAAAAAAAGAAAGGCUGGAAAAAAACAUGAACGCACAUACAAGAAAGCGGAACGGCUCGAGGAGAAUUCGGGCAUGACAAGACAAUAAUCGUGACGUUGUACAACCAGUAGUACGAUAGCUGAACUUUUCGUGAUUGUGUUUUAAUCUAUAGGACUGUAUUUUUAUCGUGUUUGCAUAGUAGAAUGUUUAAAUACACAUUCGCUAAAUGUAUUUUGAUAGAGAAACAGGCGUAUCAGCCAGAGAUGAAAGCGAUUGUAGAGAAAAACGCUGAUCAAAGCUUCGUUAUC